AUGUUUUCUUGCCAGGUCUCGGGCCCGGACGUAGGGGAGAGCGUGUUCCGCGUGCCCUGUCGAGGUCGCUGCCGGCGACGACGUCCGCUGCUCCGCACUGCUCCGCCUCAGCCGGGUCGACCCGCUUCUCUGCAAUCCCAGUUCAUUGUGUCACCCGCUGCUCCUGGCAUUAAGCAUAACCACACCAUCACUAGAAGUAAAGCAACAAUCGAGCAAGUCGAUGAAUAUGGGGCCAGGGAAAGAGUGCCUUCAUCAUGGCACAUGGUAUGCCGCCUGGAUGGUCUCGUGUUGCCAUGUAAGUCUCGCUGUCCCCUCGUGUCUCCUCUUCAUGUGGCAGCGGGACCCAUGUUGUGGUGUGGCGGCGAGACGGGUGCUUGCGGUCAGCCUCAUGAAUGUCCGGAACAUUACACUGGUGUCAUGGUGGCCCUGGAAUGUGCCUGUGCGUGCCGCGUGAACGACUAUAAGUUCUCGUGCUUACUCGACAUCCUGGAGGAGCACAUCAUUGCCACCGCGCAGGUCAACUAUUGUCACCUGCCCGUCGACAUCACCUUCCAUGUGAAUCAUCAGUAUGGCAAAGGUAAAAGCCACUACUGGACGUACACUUUCGUCACGACCAACCAGAACGAACGCGUCCUCAUACCCGGGCUGCAGCUGCCCUCGGCCCCCCACGCCCCCGUGUACUUGUAUGUUCGAGUCCCAGAGAGAGAUUUCAGCUUGCACAACACCUCCUUUGUCUCCAUAGAGGCCUCCUUCGUCGCAGAGCUCAAGAAUAACGAGUGGGAGGAAGCCGAGUUCAUCAACCACACUAUCUACAUCAGGUCGACAGAGGACUGUCGCUUUAGCUCCUCAGGACAGGACCCGAUACCAUGGAUAAUUGGAUGUUUGUUUGCCAUCAUACUUGUCUGUGGAGGCAUUGGAGUGGGAUGUUACCUAUACCGCCGUAAGAAGAUGGCUGUUGACCAACUGGCUCUUGUUAAUGCCAUGGAGGUUGGUUUGCCUGGAGCCCAACCAUAUCAGAUGGGAACAGUGGAAAACAAGUCUGACAGAACACCAGCUGAUUCACAAAGGAAAACAGACAAGGAAGAAAAUAUUUCUAAAGAAAACAAGGGCAAGCAGGCAACAGUAGAAGAAGAUGAAGAUGAAAUAAGUGGCAAGAAAGGUUUCAAAUUUAACAGAUUGAAAGAAGAGAAACCUGAAAUGCCAAAGAACUAUGUAAAAGGCAUUGAUAACUCUGUCAUCAUCGGUAACCCAGCAUAUCUAGAAGAAGUAGAUCAAGUGCAAAACAAAGGCAGUUCAGGAGAGGAACAUGUCCAUAGGAAUCAAGUAGAUCAGAAUAGCAGUAAUAUCUCCAGGAAUGAGGUGUAUGAAGUCAGUAAAGAGAUCUCCAGUCAAAACAUGAGACAGAUGAAUCCUGAAGUGGACUGUUAUGAAAACGAUGUAACAGAUAAUGGGCCUAAAGUCUGCCAAGAUGAGAUGGAACCUUCACAACUUUCAGAUGAUAGUUCAGACAGCAGUUUGCAGGUGGGCCAGGGUGCUCGUCCCAAAGUGAGAGGAGUUGCAGCAUCAAUCACAGGUUCUACAACAGUUGCAGGAGAUGCUAGUGAUGCACAUACUGAAUCUCAGAAAUGCUUAUAAAUAGUGUUCUCUCUAUAUAAAAACAAACUUUCUGUGGGAGAUAAAUUUUUCAUACUUAGUUUUAGAUGGAGAGGUAAAGAAAAAAGAGCAGAAGAUACAUAUUCUUAUAUUUACUGUUCUAUCAUUGAACAUUAUUCCACUUACGUCUCAUGUCUUGGUAGGGUCAGGUAUUUGUUCCCCUCCCCCCCAUCCCUCCCUCCCUCCCUCCCUCCCUCCCUCCCUCCCUCCCCCU